AUGACACAGAGCAUCACUCCGCCGUUGAGCCAUGGCUCCUCUUCGGGCUCUACCGAUAGCCCUCCUGAGCACGCCCCGACCUACGAAUUUGCCACAUCUGAUGUUGCUGCUGCACAUGGUGUGGCCGAAGUCGAUCGGAUCGCCACAACGCUGUCCAACGCUUCGCUCAAGAUCUGCGAUGGUCCCGGUCUCACUCAGCAAGAGCGUAAGGAGCUCCAAAGGGCCGUCAGCGAUGGCGUUCGAGUAGGCUACAGAAACAUCAAAGAACAACUCUGCACCCUCGACCAACUCAAGGACCAUCUCAAACUGCUCGACCUCUUUGACCGACUGCGCCAGGCGGUUCACGAUGGCACAGAGUACUUUGAUUAUCCUUCCUGCCAUCACGAUGCAGGUCACAUUGACGAGCCAGGCAUCGAUGCUCCUCCUCCGCCCUAUGCGCCAGCUGCUGAGCCCCUCCUCAACGUCAAUCCAAAAUCGGGCCACAGACCUACUCAGCAGGAGGUGGACCAGGCUGAAGCCGAGAUGAGCCAACAGCUUCUCCGAGAGCGUCGCUGGAACAUCUUUCUAAACCGCGCCGCUUAUCGUCUCGAGCUCUGGUGCACCCAUGUCCUCGCCUCGGAGACGCUCGCCAAUCACUACAACACGUCGCUCAAACCAGCACGCCAGCAAGAUAAGUCCAAGACGGAACUCGAUGGCUUUCAACUCCCAGACUUUGCCCUUCCGCCUCUCGAUGUAGCGCUCAUGCUCCAUUCCUACCAUCUCAACCCUAUGGUCAAGGAAGAAGAGACGUUGCGCCUCCGCUCCCGCUAUAGCCUCUCGCUCUUCGAUUAUCCACUUCACCAGCUGGCCCAACGCGUUCAUCCGACUCUCCCAAUCCUCAACGACGUCGAGCUCGCAAAGGCCAACUGGCACGAGGCCAUCACUUCCAAACGCUCCAAGCAGCCGUGGGAUCUCAGCCUUCAACCUCCGCCUGGUCACCCCACAAACGCCCAAGAAAAUCAUGGUGGUACUAUCUUCGGUCUACGCAUCACCUGUCCGCGCUGCUCGGCAACUCAAUUCGUUCCCUGGACCGGUAUUGGCGAGAAGCCUCAUCAAGUAGGCAUCGGCGAGAAAGACUGGGAGCGACACUGCUCCAACACGGCCAACUGCAGUCAGUCCAUCUCCGCCGAUCAUCUUCAGAUGCGUCGUUUUCUCGAUGACUACGACGUUUGGCGCAAGUCACCCGGAAGGCCUCAGCACCACCAGACCAAACCUGUCUUCUUCAUGGCCGGAACCAUGCUAGGCGACAUCAACAAGAAGCGUUCGGCUCGAGACCAUUUCGGCGAAGAACUGCUCCUGCCCAUCUUUCGCCACGAAAAGAUCGCCGAGGCUUCGUUGAGCAAGCACCAAAAGCCGACCGAUGCCACCGACCCUCAAGAGAUCAACGAUGUGGCUUCACAGUGCGAUUACAACAUCAAAGCAUUCCGCGAGUGGUUCGAGCAAAGGUGGUUGAGCGACGCCGUCACCCCCCGCUUCAGAUCGUCCGAGUACAAGGCUCAACAGAUGGCGCGCAUCGCCAUGCUCAUGCGCGGCUACCAGAACGGCAACGCAGCUGCCUACGGCGAGGGUCUCUGCGACGUAGUCGACGCAGUCAAGCGCCAGACAAGCUUCAACAUGGAGAUGGAGAAGCUUGGGUGGUCCAAGCACCCGCAGCUCUUGGAUCAAGGCGUGCUCGAUGACGUCCUCACUCGAAGUUUGAUCCGCUACAACAAGUAUCUCGAUCUCAUGGCUUCUACCUACUCGAUCCUGACGCCUACUCUCGACAUCGAUCUUUGCUGGCACACUCACCAACUGCAGUCUCGUUACUACGAUCAGACCUUCCAUUACGUCGGCCGUUUCAUCAAUCACGACGAUGCCAUCGAGACGGGUAUCCUCAAAGAAGCUUUCGAUCGUACCGCCGCGCUGUGGAAGCAACGAUACAGUCAGCCCUACUCGUUAUGUGGCUGCGUGUACAACAAUCCUGGCGCCGUCAAGAAGCUCAAGAGCCUGCUCGGCAGCAGCAACGCAACCACCGAUGCCGCAGACGAGCCAGCGAAGGGAUCUGGAUUCGCUUCACGUCUCAAGGGCAAAUGGAGGGCGUCCAAGGCUCUUCCCGGCGACGAACAGGACGACUCUGCUACCUGGCAAGAUGCCAGUCAUCCCAGCACCCAUUCGGCCGUGAUCGUCAAGGAGGAGGAGCACCGCCACGACAAGCUGCGCGAAGAGAUGAUCAAGGAGUGGGCUCAAGGCAAGCGCCGAGAAGGCCACGAAAGUGCAUUCGUGUUCGGAUACAACACUCCCGGUCUUUACCCAUUCUACUACAGCCCACUCUACAGCACACACUACGUCAGCCGCGGUUCCACGGGCGAUGCCACCAUCAACGCCUACAGCAUGUACGGCGUGUAUGGUCUGUCAGCGGUCGGUACACUCGCCGCUGGAGGAGGCUUCAUGGCUGACAAUCUGCCCUCUCUCAAGCUAUUCAACAUGAAGUUCGCCUUCGGUGCUCUCGUUUGCGCUGCUGCUGCGCUAAUUCCAGCUGCUCAAGCUGUCGGCGACAUCACCUUCUCUGCCGACAAGUUCGUUCGUCGCGAUGACGCAGCUGCAAGCGCUGCUACUCAGAAGAACCCCGAGUUCGGCAGGAACCUCGCCAACGAGUACCUGCUUCGCGGCGGCAAGGGAAUGCCUGCUCCUAAGAACGUCAGGUCGACUUUCCCUCAGUGCCAGUGGCGACACUACUCCGGUAGCUACGGUUGGAUGGACAACAAUCUCUUCCAGUGCUACCUGUCCCCCUCGUACGAGUACCACGCCUAUUCGGUCGCCAAGCCCUUCAAGGCUCAGCCCAGCACGGUCGCUGGUGCCUGCUUUGACACCACCAACACCUACCAGUUCCCCGAGGGUGUGCCCCAGUACUCGAUCGGCGUUCCUUACCUCUACAUGAACAACCUGUACGAUCGACGAUGCAAGGUUCGCGCCAUGGUCAAGAUUCCCAAGACCGACGAGCACGCCGAAAAGUGGGUGCAGGCCUGGGUCAUCGACCACAACGGAGGCAACUGGGACUCGACCGGCAAGGAGGAUCCCAGCUACCCGCAGCAGGGUAUCCUCAUCGACACCAACAUGUACGACGAGUUCUUCAACAAGGGUCACAACCCUACCGACUACUCCAAGGUCGUCAACGUCGAAUGGUUCUUCCUCGACAUCAACACCAUCGGUUAG